AUGGCGACAAACAUCACUCGAUCAUGCUUCGUUUUAGCAACCAAGAACACCACCACUCCGUUCUUGUAUCACACUCGAACUCUCAGAUCCUUCUCGUCCUCUUGCAAGAACCAUACGAUUUCUCGAUACUCGCGCUCUUUCUCGACACAAAACAGCUCCAAUGAAGAUGAUACGGGUGUGAUCCAGCCAUCAAUUGAGAGUCAGAUAAAUCCCGAGGAUUCAGUUCACCCGAGCACCACAAUUGAGGAGGCCCCAAAGCCGCGGAGAAGCUUCCUGCAAAAACGAGCAGCAUCGGUGUCGGCUAAGAGGUCUGUGGACCCGAAGCCAAUUGCGCCGACAAAACCAACCAAGAAGAUCGCACCGAAGAUCACUCCCUAUGAAAAACAAGUGUUUGGAGGACUGUUGGAAAAAAUCGGGGUCAAGCAUGAUGGGGUCAGUGCCGAGAUGGACACAAAGUCAAAGCCGUUGAGUCCAGAGAAACAGGCCGAAAUGACGGAACUCAUGGCUAUGUUUGGCGACUUGCUACAAGACCCCCAAAAGAAAAGAGCCGCCAAGAAAGCUAUGAAGAAGCAACAGUAUGAGAUAAGAGUUGCGAAAAGGAAGGCGGCUGAAAAGGCUGAGAAGGCUGAAAGGGCAAAGGGAGAGACCCCAGCGGCACCCUCAGGCCCAAGGCGAAUCAAGCUCAGCGAGCUGGGCUAUUCUGAGCCGGCCUCAUCUACCGCUGAUGAAGUCACAAUCAGCGUGCAAAGUGCCGUCCAAAUGGUGGUCGAGAGAGAAUCAGAGCACAUUGAAUUCGCACUGUUCCAAGCCGUCGAGCAAGGCAAGGGCGACAUGGGCGUUUGGGAAGUAUGCAAAGAGCGUGUCUUUUCAAUGCUACUUCACCUCGAUGAUGAGACCUUCGCACAAGCCUCAAACGUGAACCUCGACACGAUGGAGGAGCCCCAAACGUCAACACCUCGCCCGUCCGGGCCUCUCCGGAUCCCACCAGUGGUCCCGACUGCCCCUGUCCUGGCUGCCCUCUAUCCAAAGAUCCUCCUCAUUGCUUUCCGUCUGCUGAAUACCCACUUCCCCCGCUCGCCACUUAUCAGUCAGUUCCACUCCACCAUUAAAGAGCAUGGCCGUCUCUCUGCGCUUCUCGGUGCCUCAUCUGGCUUGUACGAUGAAUUGAUCACGUAUCAAUGGCGGGUUUGCCGGGACCUCCCAGCAGUGAUUGGGAUCCUGCGCGAGAUGGACCAACUUGGAGUUAACCCUAGUAACAAAUCCCGAGGUCUUCUUACCAGUGUCAUCAUCCGACAAGGCCGAGACUUGAAAGCAUAUGAGGAGUCCUCUGAUGGACAGGAGUUUUUCUGGAACUUCCCGUCUAACAGAGAUGCAUUCGAUGAACUUACUCGUAAGGAUGGGUGGAUGGAUAAGAUCAUAGCGGCUUCGAAUCAAGAGAAGUGGCAGCUUCAGACAGAUCGGAGCUUCCAACGUUAA